AUGCAUUUUUCAAACAAAUACGUAAGUGCACAGGUGAUCCAUGCACCAACUGCCACCGUGGCGUCUGCCGCCAGCUCACAGGAGAAGGCUCUCCGGGAAGCAUGGAAUAAUAGCCAGCAAAGCACCAGAGAUGUGGCGGCUGCCGCCAAGAUAGGGAAGCUUUUAGGUGAGAGGUUGCUGCUUAAAGAUAUUCCGGCGGUUUCUGUGGUGUAUAAAAAAGAGCAAAGAUACCAUGGAAAAGUUAGAGCUGUUAUUGAUUCUUUAAGGGAAGCAGGUGUCAAGUUGCUUUAA